AUGACGUUCUGGUCGAGCCUGUUCCCUACGCUCCACGCAGACGAGGAGCCCCCCAAGGAAGAGGAAGCUCAGGCUGAGGAGGAGGAAGAGGAAGAGGAGCCCGAGGAUGAUCCUCUUCCCGAGUUGCGUGAGGAGUGCAAGCAGACUGCCGCGUGCUCUGGGCUAGAUAAGCACUUUGCGCAUUGCACCGAAAAGGUCACGUCCGGUCAGGGGUUCAAGGGUGAAGAUUGCGUCGAGGAAUUCCUCAUGCACUGCGUAGACGUACGUCCAUCCACACCACUGACAACGCUCAUCUCACCCACACCUCACACAGAACUGCGUCGCCCCAAAACUAUUCAGCAAACUCCGCUAGACCCCUAG